UGGUCUAUCCCCCGCCUCCUCUAUCCGUUGACAUUAGAUACAGACUAUACUAUAGAAGCCACUCAUGUGUACCCACCCGAUAUGACAGAAUUCAGUGCUAUGACGUCAUCAUCAGUACCGUGAUGUCGACUGCAUCCAACGAGACGUGUGGUACGUCUCUCGAGCGAGGUAAUGAUGGGACGGGAGGUGUAUACGAGCAUUAUGUUUUAUUUGAGAUGAAUCUAAACCACGCUCAAGAUGCUGUCUAACAUGGGACCUCUUACAUCUUAUCAAACGUCUUGAGGAGAUUGUAUACGUGCUAUGCUGAGCAGUCAGGACUCAGGAAAGUACUGAGUAUACAGUGCUAACACACAUCGGUGUAUGGUGAUUCGCAAAGAGACCGUGCCUUUCAGCUUGUUGGAUCGGAUAAAGAGAGUGCCUCAAUAUGCCUGGUUUAGUAGACCGUCACACCCGGGCACCUCUGCCUCUUCAAGCAACGCGGGUGUCGACCUGCCUCAACGGACUCUCCCUCGGUCUAACCUCCUCCAUCACCUACUUCAAUGACGAAGAUCACGUCGUAGAGGGCGUUUUCUGUCUCGCCUUAGACGAGAACACGUCCGUGACGGGAUUUGAGGCGCGUAUGUCACAGGGGAGGAAUAUCAGCGUGCACGUGAAGGAUCGGAGCGAGGUAGAACAUUACGAUGAAAUAUUAACUGGUUCUCCGUCUACAUCCCGCCAUAAUGGCAGUCAACAUACCUACAUACCACCGGGGAAGUUUGCCCUUACAGAGUACGACAGCACCCGUGUUUUCUGCGCAAACCUCGGCACCAUCAGACCUCAUGGUACGGUCACUAUCCUAAUGUGUAUAUCCUCACUUCUUCAAACCGGCAAAUCAGGAGAGGUUAUUGUUAAGCUGCCUAACAUAUUCACCCCACGUUAUGUUAAGGAACUCGUGCCUUCAGAAGGGAAAGAUUCCAACUCUUCACGUCAGAAACAGGCUAAGCCUUGCCUAGCCGUAGCCCAACAUCAAUUCCUGCUUAAAUCAUUGAUAUUACUGGCUGAGGAAGUCAGUGAAACCUCCAAAGAAUAUGACUUUGAAUUUCAGCUUGAGGUCAAAGCACCCGCUCUCCUCGCUGGUGUUUCAUCAUGUACGCAUUCUAUCCGAGUCGAUGCCGAUCCGUACGCCGACAAUGCUUCGGAUGUCUUCGUGACCCUAGCCGAACCCCACCUGAUGGAUCGUGACCUCGAGGUCAUAGUUCACCCACCGAAACCCCACGUCCCCGUCGUUAUCCUGGAACAUGGCGACAUGAGUCCGGCUGAGUACGAAAACUUCGUGAAAGUGGAGCAGGAAUACUUCCGGACUGGGGAGUGCACAGAGAGUGAUCAACGUCGAGACUUGUUGAAUAGAAUGCAUAAAGAUAUCAUGCAUAAUGCGGUAUCAAUGUUGAACUACUGCCCUGAUUAUGAAAGCCUAACCCGUCAGAUGUUACACUAUCGUUACGACAUCCAAGGUGAAUAUAUCUUCAUGAUAGAUCGUAGCGGUAGCAUGAGUGGGGAGUACAUCGCUAACGCCAGGGAGACCCUCAUGAUGUUCUUAAAGAGCCUACCGGUCUGCUGCCAUUUCAACAUCGUGGGUUUUGGUUCCUCCUUCAAACCGCUAUUUGAAUGCAGUCGAGCCUACACACAGUCCAAUAUCCGAGAAGCAAGUGGUUAUAUUAAGAAGAUGCGAGCUGAUAUGGGUGGUACCAGUCUACUGGCCCCUCUUCUUUGGAUCUAUCAGCAACCAGUUACACGUGGCUGGCCAAGGCAGUUGUUUGUUCUGACCGAUGGGGGCGUUAAUAACACCGGGGAUAUACUGGAUCUGGUGAGAAGCCACAACAGACAAACCAGAGUGCAUACAUUUGGCGUCGGUGAGAAUGUCUCUAAACGUUUAGUGAAAGGAAUGGCACGUGCCGGUAGAGGGCGGGCUGAAUUCAUUGCCAUAGGGGACCGUAUGCAAACAAAGGUUCUGAACACUCUUAAGUUCGCCCUUCAGCCUUGCAUCAGUGACAUCCGUCUAGAAUGGUGUCUCCCCUUUGGUGUAGAAGUACUUCAAACCCCCUCCGUACAUCCUCCGAUGUUCCAGGGCGAACCUCUAGUAGUCUACGGUCUACUGUGUGAUACGGUCCGUAUGCACAGCACCCUGGCCUCAGUGCUCCUUAAGACGGCUCGUCGUAAUCCCUUCACGGAGAAGGCUCUAUCAAGAGGCUCGAGUAAUGAGAAAGCCGAGGAGGAUGCAUCUUCCCCUACAAGACCCAAGUCACCUGUCAAGAUUAAUAGUCAAGACACAGAUGACACCAUACAGGACACUCAUGAUUUCCUUCCACCGAAGAGUCAGUCUAACGGAUUGACACAUUCCACGCCCCCAAUGGUUGAUGAUAUUGAGUUACCACCUCCAUCUUCAGUUGAGAACAGCCCAAGAAGAAGGAAACUCUCUAAUGUUGGUCAAACGGCACAAAAACGGUACCUUGAGCUCGCCGCCAAGCGGAACCGGGCUGUAUCAGUCCCUGAUAAUCGCUUUGGAGGAGUCUCGGACCCAGUUGCUGUUCAUACAAUCCUAACACGACUUGAAGCAACAACUGAACGUCGACAGUCCGAAUCCCAACUUCACCCCUUGUCUGCCAGAUCUCGUAAAUUCACGCCAGUUUUGAGAUCCGAAGGCGGGAGUACAACGAGUUUUGAUUUCGAACCGUCUAGCCCGGCGUGGGAUAACUUUAUGGAGUCUGGCGACAGUGAGGAAUUGUUCGAUCGAGAGGUUCAAAUGUCGUUGAAUGACGCUGGGGUACUAGACGAUGGUAAACUGGUUGACAUGUCGACUCGAACCAGCCAAUGUAGCGUCAUCGUAUCUGGUCUCUUCUGCGGUCGUCCAAUAAGUUGCGAGGUUCCAUUUGAUAUCUCAACCUUAGUACGUGGUGAAUGGGUCGGACCAUGCGGUGAAGAAGACGUCUGGGAAGAGACUAUUCACCAAAUUGCCGCCAAGAGACUUCUUCAAGACUUUGACUCAUAUUCAAGACGUCUCAGCUACGAAAAUUCUGACAAGCGGAGUUUUUCUGAGGCAACUUCUGAAGAACUGUUGAAGAUUCGUACCCGAAUGUUGGAGGUAUCCCAGGCAGCUAAUGUUAUAUGUCGACACACAGCCUUUGUAUCUGUCGAUCAAGAAACUCUGGAACCGCUACCGUCACCAAUACAGGUGAUUCAACCAACCCCUCGUAUAUCCAAGCCUGUUGGUCGACGAUCAAUUCGCUUUGGUUACAGUAAAGGACUAGGACGAAGAAUCUCAUCAUCAUUCACCGACUCUGAAGAAGAUGGCUUCUCAUCAGGACUUGGUCGAUCAGACUCAAUGAGUUCCAGCCAAUCACAAUCGCAGCCUUACUCAGCCUCGCAUUCAUUGGAUCUUCCACAUGCUAAUAGCCCUACGUGGACGUCACAUGAUACACCAGAAUGGUCAGUUGCUGGGUCUUUUACCAACCUCAACAUCAGUAAGCCGAAACCAUGGCAACUAGCUACUCGUCUCAUCAAGCUUAGCAACCGUCUAAGCACCAUGCCCUCUAAGAAACCACUCUUCAGAGCUAUUGAUAUGAUGGAAGGAGGAGGUAGAACCUUGAGUAUGGAGACGGUUGAGCUCCACGCUCUAGUGAAUGUCCAGCUCUCUAAUGGUUCCUGGGAGCUGGAUCAGGAACUAGCAGAAGCUCUUGAUAUCCCGUUAGAGAGACUGAAGAGAGCUUCUCCUCUCUGCAUUGCAGUCUGUGAUGAAGAAAGUGUCUUCGAAGGCGACACGGAUACCAAUCCGAAAUUAUCAAGUCCAAGUAACAUUGACACUGAUGAAACGUAUACCAGUCAGGAGAAGGAUAAAGAUGAGGAUGAGGUGAAAGCAGUCGGGAGCCCACUUGAUGGUAUUAAAGUCCCUACGACUUUACCACAGUCUGAUAGUGGAUACCAGACGGUGAGGUCAUGUUUUUCAUCCCCUGAUGAAUGUGUUCUAGGUGCUCUGACUAUGACUUACUCGACACAUGUCGAGUCAUCUCAGACUGAGAGUAUCGCGGCUAAAAGUGAGGCGUGUAGCAGUCCGGGAAGUAAGCGUCUAGGCUCAGAUGAUUCUGUUGGGGAGGUCCUGGAGAACAGAAUGUGGGCUACAGUGCUUUCCUUGACUUGGUUGGAGCAUAAUUGUGCCUCUUUCUUCAAUGAGUGGGAGUUACUCGCUGCUAAGGCUGAUCGUUGGCUUAAUGAUCAACGCUUACCUCGUGGCUAUGAUCUGCCUGGUCUGAAAGCUGCAUCCUAUCAAGUCAUUGUCUUAUCAAGAAAGUAUAGCUCUUAAUAAAAAUUAUAAAAAUGAAAUAUUGAAUUCAGCGCUUUUGUCCACCAUAAGGUGCUCAAUGCGCAUGCAAAUUAUCCCUGGACCCAUGUUCGUAAAGCUGCUUCAUUCAAUGAGAGACUUUGGGACGCUAGGUGGCAGCAGACUUACCAGGUAAAUUGUCAUUGUUUACGGGGUAGUUCUGAGCGUGC